UGGGGGAGUUCUGUCUGACACAAGUCAAGUGGUCCGCUUUCGUCAUCUUCGGUCGAUUCCGGCGGUGUCGCGUUAUUUUUCCCUUCGCGUUCGGAAUCUGUUCUAAUCGGAACAGCCUUGAACAGAACAGCAGUGAUAUCCUGUGCAUUUGAGGUAGCGUAGUGCAGGCAAUUCUAGGGCACUGCUAAUUGGGGCCGUUUCACCGACAACGGUAGUUGCAGUUUUCGAUUUCCAUUCCGGUGCGGUGUUUUGGUGAGCGACGAACCAUCCAGAACGAUGGCUGAUCAGCAGGCGGUUGCGACGGCGACGGCAUCGGAUUCGAAACCCGACACGGUGAAGAACGGUCCCGCUGCAAUAGUAGCAGCCGUCGACGGAGCGAAGGCAACCAAAGCCAAGAAGAAAAAGAAGAACAAACAGCAGCAUUCGUCGACGCAGGAAGGCCAGCAGGCUAGCGGUGGUGGUUCCGGUGCUGCGCCGACCGAUCAGAACAGCACGGCGGUGUUCUCGACCGCUGCGGGUCAGCAGGAAGAGACACCAUCCGGUUCGGGAAUCGCGUUACCUGGACCAGGUCAACUCCCUAGUCAGGAUGUGCUGAUGAAUGUGAUCGAGCAGUUGAAGUUAAGUUCGCUAAAGCCAGCGAAAACUCCGGAGGAAGCCUUGAAUAAGUCAUUCAAAUUCUGGUCCACCCAACCAGUUCCCCGGAUGGACGAAAAGAUAGCCGUCAAUGAGCCUAUCGAAGCCGAUAAACCCAUUAGCGAGAUCCGCGAAGAACCCUACAGCCUUCCGGAAGGGUUCACCUGGGAUACCAUGAAUCUGGAGGAUCCGCUCCAGCUAAAAGAACUCUACACGCUUCUGAACGAGAACUACGUCGAAGAUGACGACGCGAUGUUCCGCUUCGAUUAUCAACCUGCCUUCCUGAAGUGGGCCCUGCAACCACCCGGAUGGCGUGCCGACUGGCACUGCGGCGUUCGGGUCGUCAAGUCCGGUCGGCUGGUGGGAUUCAUUUCGGCCAUUCCCGGCACCCUGAACGUCCACCAGAAGACGCAAAAAAUGGUUGAGAUUAACUUUCUGUGCGUCCACAAGAAGCUGCGCUCGAAACGACUGGCUCCGGUGUUGAUCCGUGAGAUUACCAGAAGGGUUAAUCGAACCGGAAUAUUCCAGGCCGUCUACACGGCGGGAGUUGUGCUGCCAAAACCGGUUUCUUCCUGUCGCUAUUGGCAUCGAUCCUUGAACCCGAAGAAACUUGUGGAGGUGAAAUUUUCCCACCUUUCCCGCAACAUGACGAUGCAACGAACGAUCAAGCUAUACAAACUGCCUGACGCCCCGAAAACUCCCGGUUUCCGGAAGCUGCGCGAAUCGGACCUGGAAGCCACCCAUAAACUGCUCGAGCGCUACCUGCUCGGAUUCAAUCUGACGCCGGUGUUUGACUUGGAGGAAUUCCGCCACUGGUUCUCGCCCCAGGAUGGCAUCAUCGAUUGUUUCGUGGUGGAAGAUCCGUCCACCGGUGAAAUCACGGACAUGGUCAGCUACUACACGCUUCCGUCCACGGUGAUGCACCACGCCGUGCACAAGUGCGUCAAGGCCGCGUACAGUUUCUACAACGUGUCUACCAAGACGCCCUGGCUGGAUCUGAUCAACGAUGCGCUCAUUUCGGCGAAAAACCUCAACUUUGAUGUGUUCAAUGCGCUCGACCUGAUGGAGAACCGGACGUUCCUGGUGCCGCUUAAAUUCGGCAUCGGCGAUGGCAAUUUGCAGUACUAUCUGUACAACUGGCGCUGUCCGAGCAUGCAACCGGAAGACGUUGGCCUGAUUUUGCUCUAAGUAAGCGGCAGUCGGAAACGCACGGACCAAAGCUGCGUUUGAAAGAUUCAGUCGAGUUUUAAUUAUUUUCGUUUCCUGUGGUAGGUUCUAACAACAUCGAUUAGUGAAUCGUUGAGGACGGUGCAGUUGUAUUGUGGGAUUUAAAAUACGUCUUAUUUAAUAGGUACCUCUUACAAACAUAAUGUAUCAUGGGCACAUUAUAUAUUUAUGUUACGAGCAUAAAAAAGUGUAAAUGGGGAAAAUUGUGAAGAGACUACAACGGUUGGUUAUCCGGUUAAACAUAACGUACACAAUAAUGAAGCGUAGUUCGUGUGUAUUUCCGAAA